UUUUUUUUGAAAAGAAGCAGUUCAUAUGGUUCUAGAGCAUUCAUAUGCUCCUACGGUUGUUGUCCUACACUAUGAUUACGUAGUCCUGUGAUCUUGUUUUGUUCAAGCAAACGAGUGCUCGUGAACAGAGAACGAGACGCUCCAGGUUUGUGGGCUGAUUUGGGCCUGCUAUUGGGUUGUUAUUGCCAUCCGGAAGACAAAUUGAACCCCCUUCUGGAAGUUUUUUUUUUUUUGGUUUGCCUCUCAUUGGCCUUGCAGCUCCAUCCCCAGACCUGCCACCCGAUUUCCGGUUGGUGGCCAACACCAUCUCAUUUAUUAACUCACACGUCCACCCACACCAACCCCUCGCGAUUAAUAAGACGGACUCGCCCCGAUCGCAGCCGGCGAGUCGGCGACCCCUGCCGGAUCACCGAAAAAGCGAGCAGCGCAGGUGGCGGAGCAGAUGGCGGAGGGGGAGCCGAAGCAGAAGCUGUUGCCGGCGGACUCCCGGGCGGUGGCCCUAGCGUUCGUCCGCGCCCUGGGCGCCGGCGCGCGCCUCCCGGCCGCGGCCGACCGGCCCGACGCCUACUCCGCGCUCGUCCGCGCCAUCCUCUCCUCCGCCGCCGUCUCCACCUCCCCGGGCCCGCGGGUCUCCUGCACCAUCGCCGUCUCGCCCGCCGUGACCAACGGGUACAACACGCUCCACGGCGGCGCGGUGGCGGCCUUGGCCGAGGCCGUCGGGAUGGCGUGCGCGCGGGCCGCCGCCGGGGACAAGGAGAUGUUCCUCGGCGAGCUCAGCACCGCGUACCUUGCCGCCGCGCGCCUUGACUCUGAAGUAGAUGUUGAAGCGCAGAUACUGAGGAAGGGCAGGUCGGUCGUCGUUACCACUAUCGAGUUCAGACUGAAGGACACCAAGAAGCUCUGCUACACAUCUCGGGCCACCUUUUACAUAAUGCCCGUGGCAAGCCUAUGAACAAUCAAGUUUACAUGUGCAAAUUGUUGUAUUUACAGUACCAGUGUUGUAUUUUGUAUAAUUAAAUCAGAGAACAUAUGCAUGUCGUAUUAAUGAUGAAAUAAAACCAUAUCAAUCCAUGAUGCCA